AUGGCUAACGCAGUUGUGCCGACCUCAUGGAACCCAGGGUUCAUUGAGGAGCUCCUCCCAUCGUCUCAGCAGGUCUCCCUGCUGUACCACAUCUCCUACCUGUGUCUGGCGAAAUUCCCCAAAUUGGAGAGGCUGCUCCGGAUGCGAGCCGUGGAGACCCAACUUCUCUUCGGAUCCUCUGAAGCUGUCAUGCUGAAGUGUGUGGGCACCAGUCAGAACUUGGUUUCGUCACUGUUUCCAAUGCUGAUUCAAGCUGUUGAGAAAAAUAAACCAGUACUGGCUAUAAAGUACCUGGAGAAAGCAAGAACGUGGAUCACUGAAAUUAUCCGUGACGUGGAAAAGAUGGCGGACAGGUAUGACGCACUCAACAAAGACGUGGCUACGACUACCAGUGACGUCAUCACUGAAAAGAAAGAGACCGACAAACAACUCGGUCAGCUUUCCAAAGAUAUUGCAACGAUGAUGGAAACUGUAAAGAAACUGGAAGCAGAGCUGAGUAAAACCACUGCACAGCUCACAGAAACCGAGAAGAAGAUUGAUGCCAAAAAUAGUGAGCUGCAAAAUCUCGUAAGAGCUGCAGCUGCUCAAAGCAGCAGUCUGGCCGUCUUGGCUGCUCUUGUGCCUUUCAUUGGUCCUCUACUUAAGGCCCUCUAUGAAUCAAGAUCCGCUGCUGCUGUGGCUCAAAACAUCAAGGUUCUUGAGUCACAACUGAUACAACUGAAUGCUGAAAAGACUUCGCUGAAACAACAGCAGUGGAACCUGCAGGUCCAGAUAAUUGACUGGCGGAUGAAGCUGGCCAAACUACAGCUUGACAAAGAUGCCAUCCCUGAACCAACCCACCUUGGAGAAGUCCAGCGUUAUCUGAGUAAAAUCCAGACGAUUCUUGUUCAGCUUAAGGGCUUUUGGGAAAACGUCUACAGCUUGCUGGGCAACAUCAAAGACAAGACCUUUGUUGGUGAAGAUCUUAUUGAUCAACCCGACUUUAAGGAGCUAUUUGUGAAGUCAAUCCAGACAGCCACACAGAUUUGGGAAGCGUUUGGUCUCUCCUGUGGUAAAGCUGUUAACAUAUUCAGAGUGCAGUCCAAGGAUGCCUACCGCUUCCUGGAGAUCGACCCGUCCUCCCUCUCCCCGGCGGUGUGGCAAAAGGAAUACGACAGUGUGAAAGGGAAGCUGCAGGAGCUGAAGGUCUUUGAUGACGGCAUUAUACUAGCCAUCCAAUCGUAA